AUGGCUCCCCAAACUGAACAGAUGGACUUCAUGUCCCAGUUCAUCACCACCCACCGCGUCCCCGAAGAUGCCCGGCGACACUUUGAAUCUGUUGAAUGGACGAACAAACACCUGACCAACCCCCUCUACCAUGUCAUUCCUACGUUUUCGCGGGUGCUCAAGGAGUCGGGCGAAGAUUACUUCUUCUCUCGCACCGUCAGCUCGCCCUCCACGAUCCCUCACCUCCUCACGCUCCAGUUGAAGGACUUCCCCAACCACUCGGAAAUGCCCAAGGGACAAUUAAAAAUGAGAACAAACCACAACGAGGUGACCCAAGUACCUCAGAACCCCGACUGCAUCAUGCUCUUGCGGCUCGGUCGCCCCGGGCUCGAUGGCCAUCCCUCGGUUAUCCAUGGCGGCAUGGCCUGCGCCAUCCUGGACGAGAUGAUGGGACUCUGUGUGAUGCUGCACCACCAGCACAUCUCGGGUCCUCGCGAUUCGCUUUUCACCGUUAGUCUCAACGUCACUUACCGCGCACCCGUACCGACACCGGGAGACGUGCUCGUGAGGUGUUGGCUGGUGGGAAGAGAAGGUCGCAAAUGGCUCUCGCGGGGUCAAAUAGUAGACAAGGACGGCAAGGUCAUGACCGAGGCCGAAGGAAUGUGGGUGCUCGCAAAGAGAGAAGAGAAGUUAUGA